UUAUUAUUAUACAGCAGGGGCGGACUGACCAUUUGGAAACUCAGGCACUGCCCGAGGGCCCGGGGCCAGUAGGGGGCCCCAUGAGAUGCCUCUGGUACUUUUUUCAUAGGCUUUUUUGAGUUUGCGCAAGGACACAGGGGCCCCAUGAUCCCCUAUUGCCCGGGGGCCCCAUGAGUUGUCAGUCCGCCCCUGUUAUACAGUGUUUAUAUAGCACCAAAGGGUAUGCUCAGCGCUGUACAGUAGCAAGGGGGACAGAACAAUACACGAGGGGUUCGAGGGCC